GGAAACAGAACUCUAUCCGCGCGCGGGAUUUAACUGAAGGAGCAGCCCGCGGUCGGUCAGUCGGUUUCCCUCCUCGCGAAGAACAAAGAUCAAUAAUCGAAGAAAAUCGUCAGUUAUUGAUUAAACAUGGCGACUCCACCGAAGAGGCCGUGCCGAGUUCCCGCCAGUCCAGCUCUGAGCGGCAGCUUCUCCCGCAGAGAGAAGAAGAUCUCCAUCGAGGGAAACAUCGCUGCAGGAAAGUCGACGUUUGUGCGUCUCCUCCAGGAGGAGUCGGAGGACUGGGAGGUGAUUCCUGAACCCAUUGGAAAAUGGUGCAACGUCCAGAACGACAGCGACGACAUUUACCAGGAGCUGAGUUCCUCUCAGAAGAGUGGGGGGAACCUGCUGCAGAUGUUGUAUGAUAAACCGAGCCGCUGGUCCUACACCUUCCAGAGUUAUGCGUGUCUCAGCAGAGUUCGUUCUCAGCUUCAGUCUCCGUCGGCCAAACUUCAGCACGCUGAAAACCCUGUUCAGUUCUACGAACGCUCCGUCUACUCAGACAGGUACGUGUUUGCAUCAAACCUGUUUGAGUGUGGUAACCUGUCGGACACAGAGUGGAGUGUUUAUCAGGACUGGCACACCUGGUUACUGAACCAGUUUGAACCUGAGAUCGCCCUCGACGCCAUCAUCUACCUGAGAGCCCAGCCACAGCGCUGUAUGCAGCGGUUGCUCCACCGGGGUCGAGAGGAGGAGCAGGGGAUUCCUCUGGAGUAUCUAGAGCAGCUUCACUUCAAACAUGAGUCGUGGCUCUACCGCAGGAACCUCAGGUUGGACUUUGAUUACCUGAAUGAUCUACCUGUCCUGAUUCUGGACGUCGACGACGACUUUAAGAACGAUCGUAUCAAACAGGCAGAAAUCAUCGACAAGGUCAGAGAGUUCCUCACCACGCUGUAGAGCCGUGAACCAAUCACAGCUCAGGAUGAGAGCAGCAGCUGCGAUCUGAUUGGACGAUCCAGUUACACUUUGUAAAUGUUUUUAUUUUUGCAUCGUCAGUUUAACGUCUGCUUCGUGUUUCAGUUCAGAACUCCACUGAAAAAAAAACUUUUUAGCUCCAGAGUUUUAAUCUUUUUUCACUUCAUGUACAUUUUUAUUUUUAAUAUUUUGUAGAUAUAUUUUAAUGUGAGAGUCAGUGAAGGCACCACGUGUUUGUGCUUAUAUUUAUGCUUCAGUCUGGGUCAGUGAAAACACCACGAUGCCUUCAGGGACCUGCAGGUUGUUUUCCUCUGAACAGUUGAAUAAAUGAAAUCAGACUUUA